CCUUCUUCCCUUGAAUAUUCCGCAAGACCUACUGUCCCAAGAGUCCCUUGAUUAGUAUCAUUUCCUCGUCCCCCGCGCGAGGAUCCUCUAAUAAGCACACAAUGGCUGAGACUCAGACUCAGGCCCCCGAGGUCGACUACACCCUCAACAACCCCGACACCUUGACCAAGUACAAGACCGCCGCUCAGAUCUCUCAGAAGGUUCUCGAAGCUGUCGCAGGAUGGUGUGUUGAGGGAAGCAAGAUCGUCGAGCUCUGCCAGAAGGGUGACCAGCUCCUCGACGAGGAGAUUGCCAAGGUCUACAAGGGCAAGAAGAUCUCCAAGGGUAUCUCCCACCCGACCACUGUCUCCCCCAACUCCUAUGUGACUCCCUACACCCCCCUGGUGUCCGAUGCCGCAGAGGCCGAGACCACCCUGAAGGCUGGUGAGGUUGUCAAGAUCCAGCUUGGUGCUCAGAUCGAUGGCUUCGGAACCAUCGUUUGCGACAUGGUCAUUGUUGCCGACAGCAACUCCUCUUCCGAUGAGGUGACCGGCCGCGAGGCUGACCUCAUUCACGCCACCCACUACGCCAACGAGCUUCUCAUGAGACUGCUGGUCCCCGCCGGUCUUCUGGCCAGCGGAACUGAGGAGGAGAAGCAGAAGGCUGCCGCCCAGAAGCCUUACACUCAGGCUCAGAUCACCCAGCUCAUCGAGAAGGUUGCCAAGACCUACGACUGCAAUGUUGUUGAGAACACCACCAGCUGGCUGUUCCAGCGUAACGAGAUCGAGGGUGAAAAGAAGAUCAUCCUGGCCCCCGGCACUGGUGUCAAGGGCGAGGGUCUCCCCGACGUCGGCGAGGUCUGGGGUGUUGAACUCGGACUGUCCCUCGGAUCUGGAAAGGUCAAGACUCUUCCCCUCCGUGCUACUCUGCACCGCCGUACCACCACCACCUACGGUCUUAAGCGUCCCAGCUCCCGCCAGACCCUGUCUGAGGUUGUGAAGAAGUUCGGUACCUUCCCCUUCAGCUUGCGCCAGCUGGAUGACGAGAAGGCCGCCAAGGUUGGUGUUGUCGAGUGUGUCCGUGGUGGUGUUCUGAGACAGUACGAGCCCGCUGGUGAUGCUGACAACGCUGCCGUGUCCCGUGUCUUGUCUACUAUCGUCAUCACCAAGAACGGUAUCACCCGUCUUGCCGCUCCCACCACCCCCGAUCUUACCAAGUUCAAGACGGACAAGAAGAUCGAGGACGCGGAGAUCCUUGAGAUCCUUGAGCGCCCCUUGGCCAAGUCCACCGGCUCCAAGAAGAACAAGAACAAGAAGAAGAAGACCGCCAAGAAGGACGACUCCAACGACGAUGAGUAAACGCAUCGUUGCAUCGGGCCUCACUUGACGCAAUUCCGGGACCAUGUUUUGGCUCACAUGAUUGCAUAUGACAACUGCUCGGGGUGAGAUUUUGGUGGCUCCAAAGCCCUGGCCAUGCCCGCCCUGAUGGUGCUUUGUUUUGAAGUUGAAGCCAAUUGGUUCUUCUCAAAGAUCGGAGAGUUGUCGGAAUGCUGAACACCAGAGACAAGCCUGGCGGGAGAGAUCUCUCCCUCGCAGUUCCCUGUUGAAAACAUGUUGUCACAUAAUCUAUUUCAAAAAGAGGAAGAGUUGUAUAUGUCCAGUGAAACCAAGCCAGAUACAGAAAUGAACUUCACGAUAGCUGCUGCCAGCUGAUUUCUGCUG